AGGUCCGCGCUCUCUGGUAUUUUAAAGAUAUAAAGGCCCUCGUCUGUUUUGUCUGCUCUUCUAUACUAUGCUCAGCUCUUUUUAAGACUCCAACGUCAAGGAAACAAUUUGGGCUUCAUUUCAUCAAAUCAUCUUCACUCCAAAUUUAACCCACAAACCCAGUACGCAGACUUUCCGAUCUACCACGAUGUCGUCGCUUAAAUACUACAACGAGGAGGGCGCGGGCCAGAAGCAUAGCGACCUUUGCCAUUACUCCCAGGCUGUCGUUCUCGGAGAUACCGUUAAGUGCUCUGGCCAGGGCGGCUGGGACAACACAGGCAAGCUGGACGCUAAUGACGUCAAGGGCCAGAUUGACCUUGCUUUUGAGAACGUGGACCGUGUUCUACAGACUGUCGGUCUUAAAGGAUGGGAGGAUGUCUUUCUGAUUCGCACAUAUCACGUGGAUAUGGGUGCGUCUUACGAUUACUUAGUAGAGAAGCUAAAGAAGCGUAUUCCCGGUCACCGCCCUGUUUGGACGGCUAUUGCUGUUCCUCGUCUUGCAUUCCCCCAGAUGCAAAUCGAGAUUGAGGUUGAGGCCUACAAGAGAAAAUAGACAAAGGCGAGUUUGGAAGGAAAAUACAUAGUGUAGUCGUCGAUAAUUAAUUUAAUAAAACUCAUCCGCCUUCAGAA